CAAAUAUUUCUCGCUCCAAGCUUCUUUACAGUUUUAACAAUGCAAGCAAUCGGUGUCUCCCAGUACGGACCUGCCUCGAACUUCGAGACUCGUCAGAUCCCCCUUCCAAGUCCGCCCAAAGGCCGCGAUCUCCUCAUCCAAGUUAAAGCACUCUCCGUCAAUCCAAUCGAUACCAAAAUUCGUGCUGGCAAAUACGAUGAUGCGCCAGACUAUUACAACCACGUCCCUCACCCCUUCCAUGUUAUUGCUCCCGAAGCCGCCGGAAUUGUGGCUUCCGUUGGCCCUGACGUGGAAUACUUCCAACCUGGAGACGAGGUAGUCUAUGUCUCAGCACCAACACGACAAGGCGCUGCUAGUGAAUAUCACCUUGUGGAUGAACGCACUGUAGGACACAAACCCAAGUCUCUCGACUUUGUGGAGGCAGCUGUCAUGCCUCUCACUUAUGGCACCGCAUUUGAGAUGGCUGAGAGGCUGAACAUUCAUGAAGGGGAGCAGGCAGGUAUCCUGAUCAUCAAUGGUGCUGGUGGAGUCGGGUCCGUGGCAACACAGCUUGCGCGCUAUGUACUACGCCUGCCAGUCGUGGUAGCUACGGCUUCGAGACCUGACACCAAGGAGUGGGUGAAGAAAAAUGGAGCCACGCAUGUCAUCGACCAUCGGGGGGACUUAAAGGCUCAGAUCGACGCAUUGGGCUUGGAAGUCCCGAUUAAGUAUAUAUUCAUCCUGGCAUCAACGGAACAGUAUCUCUCAGUAGCAUCCGACAUCUGCGCGCCACUUGGAAAGAUCUGCUCUAUUGUACAAUCUUCGGUCAACUUUUAUGGGACACAGUUCCUGUCUAAAUCAUUGACUUUUGCUUGGUGUUGGUUGGGAACUAGAGGCUAUCAUGACUAUGACAGAGAGGCCCAGCAUGUCAUGAUGGAAAAUCUUGCCAAGUAUAUCGACGAGGGAAAAAUCCACAGCACCUUAACGAAGAAGAUGAGAUUGACUGCUGAAGGGUUGAAAACAGCGCAUGAAUUGAUCGAAUCGAAGAGGACGAUUGGGAAAAUUGCUUUGGGCGUUGAUGAAGAGGGAGAAGGAGAGGCUUUUGCUUGAACGAUGG